GGCAGAUCCACACCAUAUGUUGAAAGUACAUGGAAGAUCCAGCGCACAUUUAAAGCGCAUGCCUUCCUUUAUUAUAAUUUUUUUAAAAAAAUAAAUCAGAGAAGCGUAGUUUUCCGCACACGGAUCUACAAUCUCCAAAACACAUUCCAAGCAUAUAUGGUCCCCAGCAUGGGAACUGUAGUUUUCAUCUCACGGAGCUAGAAUUUCAGUAGCCUUAACGAACUACAGUCCCCAUAAUUCUUUGGGAGAAGUCAGGCGCUUUAAAUGUGCGUUAGACGCGCUUUAAAUGUCCACUGUGGUCUUUAUGAACCACAUACGCAAAAGUUUAUUGUUUGCUUUUCCGCAACAGACCAAUGCUGCAAAUCCUAAUCCCGUUUACCCAUGAGUAAACCCAUACUGAAUUCAUUAGGGAUUACUUCUGAGUAGCCAUGGUUAGGAUUGCAGUGUUAAGACGGCUACUCUUCUGCAAACCUCACGCCGCGGAAGUGAGAGGUGGUGCUCAUAGAAAUCAAUGGAGGGUUGCUCACGAUAUCCCUGGAAAGGUGUUGGCAUUGCACUUUAGAGAUGAGGCUGAGGAUGCUCAAAAAAUCCUGCCCCACGUUGCAGCCAAAGCCAAUCUCUGUAGAAUGAUUUCCUCCCAGCCCAAACCCGGCGAGCAUUGCAUGUAUAAGGCUUCUUUCUGCGCUAUUGGCCUGCAUGUAUUCAUAUUGCAGUUUAACUUAAAAAGUAAAAAGUAAAAUUCCACGUUUCAGAAGACAGGAGAAAAACUGGGAACUCCUGAUGGUAUUGCUACAAAAAAGUGGAGGGGGUGGCGGCAAAAGCUGUCCAAUUACACACGCCCAUCAAACUCUAAAGCCCUACAUUUCUCCAGGGAUUUCUAUGGGACGUUCUUCCUUCCUAAAAAAGGGGGGAGUCUUGAGCAACCGGAAGCCGCUUAGACUGUGUGAGUCAAUCGAUUCAUUCGCCUCUUGGGAGUCCUCGUCCCCUCCGUAGAAUGGUUUCGCCCAGUCCUCUCUUUUUUUUCCCCCAGCCCCGCAAGGCGGCGCAGUCUCUACAGUUUUCAUCCUACAUUUCGGGUUCCGAAGUGAAACUCGUAAGUACUGGAGAGGAAGUAUUAUUAGUGAUAGGAGGCGAUUAUAUGAAUCAAUAUUUUGGGGCGGAAUCAAAGGCAAGUUUCUCGCUGCAGUGCUUUGAAAUAAUAUUUCUACGCCAGCGGUGGUUGGGCUCUACGUUUGCGUUUCUGGCUGCGAAUGGGAACCGGAAAGGAGGCCCGUAUUGACCUCUUUGCUCAGGCAUUUCUUUGGUUGUUUGAUGUGCUGGGGAGAAGAAAGGAAAGGCAAGCAGAACGAGGAGGAAAGCUGCAAAUCCGUAAGUCUAGGAGGGGAGGGGAGACCAGGUUUGCGGGGCCCGGGCCCGGUUGCAGAAAUGUGCAUUCCUUCAUGCAAAUUGUUGCUUCGUCUUCUGCAACUGCAUUUUGCAUUCAGAGCGGGCUGUGAUGCUUGCGUCUCCCAGGGAAGCGAGAUCCAAACAACGCAGACAGCAGAGAGCAGUUAGACUGCUCGAUCCUACCUCUGCUUUUCGGAAAGCAAGCCCCGCUUGAUUUUGACAGGGCAUACUUCCAAGCGUGAGUGACUUGGGAAUCUUUUUGCUGGAAGAAUCAGGGCAGAUGAAAGAAAACCCCCCUUCAGGCAGUGCAGAGUUAAACUAUGGAACUCUCUCCCACAGGAGGCGGUGAUGGUCUCCAACUUGGAUGGCUUUAAAAAAAGAUUGGACAAAUUCAAAAAGAGGAGAAGGCUAUUGAAUUGAUUUUAGAAUGCUGUAUUAUUUUACUGUUGCUGGCCACUCUGAGCCUGGUUUCGGCUGGGGAGGGCAGGAUAUAAAUAUUAUUAUUAUUAUUAUUAUUAUUAUUAUAUUGAUGGAAACCGGGUGAUGCUACUUAGCAAUGCUUCUAAAUACCAAUUGCUGGGAAACCCAGAAAGGAUGAGUUGGUCUUGCACUAAGGUCCCACUUGUGGGUUUCCCAUAGAGGCAUCUAGUUGACUGCUGUGAGAAAAGGAUGCUGGACAAGAUGGGCCAUUGGCCUGAUCCAGCAGGCUCUUCUUAUGUUCAUUGUAGUGUAGUACGGUAGUUAAAGUGUGUCAGACUAGGACCUGGGAGACUGGGGUUCAAAUCCCUGCUCAGCUGCAAAACCUGGGUGGGUCACAGUCUUCUCUGUCUAACCUACCUCACAGGGUUGUUGUGAGGAUUAAUCGGGAGGAACAGAACUGUGUUCUACCACUUUGACCUCCUUGGAGGAAAGGUGGGGCACAAAAAAAUAAGCACAACAAAUCUCUGAUCCUAAGCAACUCUUCAUCUCAAGCCGGAGGGUUGAAUUUGAAUCGGCCUGUUGAAUUUCUGCCUCUUGCGAGGCUUUUAAGGAGCCUUUUCGCUCGCAAGCAAAGUGUAAUUUGUGUCUAAAUCCUAUAAGACCUCUCUAUUUUGGCCCUCGGGACUUUCCCUAGGCCACAUCCUGCAUUUGCCCUGGUCGAAAUUGUGUCCUUCAACUCUGAUCAGGCCACUUUUUUACCUGGAUGGAAGAUCGAGAGGUGAGUGGGAGCCAGCCUACUGACAUUGACAUCCAUUGCCCCAACCCAUUUUUGGCUCUAGCCCUGCCCACCACUGCCAUGUGGCCCCUGGAAGUUCAGGGAUAUUUAUUUAUUUAUUUUUCACAAGUUGUGUGUCCUUGUUUCUCAGUUUGAUCCUUUUACACGGUUUUGCACGUCGUGUGGUAUUUUAUGCUUUUUUUAUUGAUUAUAGUUUAGUAAUUCUUCAUUGUAAGCUGUUUAAUUACUAUUCGCUGAUAUUAAAUUUUACCAUUUACUAAUAUACGAAUUGUUUGAAUAUUGCUUUAUUUGAUAUAAACUUAUUUUAAAGUUAUUGUGGCUUUUUUUUGCUAUUGAAUCAGACUGCUAUUAUGGGUGAGAUCUUUGCUGUUGAUUUUGUUGUUUGUUCAGCUUGUGAAUCGCUUGUGCAGUGUAAUAUAGUAAGGCAGUAUACAAAUUGAAAGCGAAAUGAAAUGCCAAGAUGGCAAAAUGUGUCCUCACUUCUGCUCUACCCUAUCAGUCUGCCUUGGCAUUCACCAGUGACUUCUUGCUUCAUUCAGAUCUUGCUUAUGAACCUCUAAGUCUCCUGCAGACCUGGAUGGCAGGGCCUGACCCGGCGUGGCUUAACCGGAUCCAUGAAGGCAUCCGCUGAGCUGGGGAUCCAGCCCCGCCAGUUCCAACGCAGUGGGAGGAGAGGCUACAGGGUCACGGCCAAAGCCUCCUACGUGGAUGAGUCGCUCUUCGGCAGCCCCGCAGGACAAUUGAACGCCAGAGCAGAGUUUGACCCACCGUGGGUGUGCAAGAAAGCUAGUUCUCCGAGACCCCUUUUGUGGAGUCCCAAGACGACACAAUGGGAGGUGGACACCAGCCCCUCGACAGCCGCUCCGCCCACCAGCACUCCGAGAAAGGGAAAUAAAUACAGGUAGGGGAGGUUUUUAUAUGCCUGUUGUCUUUGUCCAUGGAGUUUUCUUGGCGGGGAUACUGGAGUGGCUUGCCGGUUCCUGCUCCAGGUGGAUCACGUUUGGUCAAAACUCUCCACUAUGACCUGUCCAUCUUGGGUGCCCAGCACGGCAUAGCUCAUAGCUUCUCUGAGUUAUUCAAGCCCCUUCGCCGUGGCAAGGCAGUGAUCCAUGAAGAUCCGUAUAGUAAAAGCCAUGGUUUUCCCAGUAGUGAUGUAUGGAAGUGAGAGCUGGACCAUAAAGAAGGCUGAUCGCCAAAGAAUUGAUGCUUUUGAAUUAUGGUGCUGGAGGAGACCCGUGAACUGCAAGAAGAUCAAAUCUCUCCAUUCUGAAGGAAAUCAGCCCUGAGUGCUCACUAGAAGGACAGAUCGUGAAGCUGAGGCUCCAAUACUUUGGCCACCCCAUGAGAAGAGAAGACUCCCUGGAAAAGACCCUGAUGCUGGGAAAGAUUGAGGAAACAAGGAGAAGGGGACGACAGAGGACGAGAUGGUUGGACAGUGUUCUCGAAGCUACCAGCAUGAGUUUGACCAAGCUGCGGGAGGCAGUGGAAGACAGGAGUGCCUGGUGUGCUCUGGUCCAUGGGGUCACAAAGAGUCGACAAGACUAAAUGACUAAACAACAACAACAGGGGAGGUUUUGAAGGAGCUGUGACAGUCCGCAAAAGUGAGAUUGCCCUGCCAGGUUAUUAUUAUAUUUAUAUCCUGCCUUUCCUCCAAGGAGCUCAAUUUGGCACAACAGUUGUGUCUGCCCCCUCAUUUUACCCUCCCAACAGUUGGCGGGUGAGGCCAAUUGGACCCCCAGAUGUCCGUGAUGGAAUGUCAGAGCCAGCAGUGGUGUAGCAGUUAGAGGUGUCAGACAAGAACCUAGGAGAUCAAGGUUCGAAUCCCCCACUCAGCCCAGAAGUUCGCUAGGUGUGAUCCUGGGCCAGUUAGGGUCUCAGCCUAAUCUAUCUGGCAGGGUCAUUGUGGGGAACUAAAUGAGGAGCAGGUGGGGAGAACUGCUCAUGCCACCUUGAGCUCCUGGGAUAAAAAUGCAAUAAAUAAGUAACAAUCUCCCCAUCAUCCCUGACCAUUGGGAGUAAUGGGAGUUCUAGUACAGUAACACCUGGAAAACCAAGGUUGAAGAAUGCUGGGUUAGGCUGAGAGAUUGUGGCUGGCCCAAGGUCAUGCAACACUGCAAAAAGAAAAAAGACAAAAAAAAAAAAGACUAUGCCCUGAUGCUCCCCACCUGAUUUACUAAAUGAGUAAUUUCUCUUACGAUUUGUCCCAAUAUUGACUUCUGAGGCCCUUAUUUGUGUGCCUCCUCCAUGAGGGUUGCAAAACCAGAACAGGUCUUUUCUGCAGUGGCUCCCAGUUUGUGGAAUGCUCUCCCCAAGGUGGGUCACCUGGCAUUAUACACCUUUAGGUGAUAGGCGAAAACAUUCCUCUUUAAAGCAGGCCUUUGGCUGAUUGACAUCCAGUGAUCUUUAAAAAUGUGUUGGGGAGGGAGGGAUUAUUGGGUUAUUCUUGGUUUUGUUUUUAUUUUAUUUUUAUAAUGUAUUUUGUGUUUUUAUAUUGUGAUUUUAUGUUGUGAACCGCCUUGAGACUUACGGGUAUAGGGCACUAUAUUACUACUACUACUAUUAAUACCCCACCCAUCUGGCUGGGUUGUCCCAACCACACUUUAUGCAUGGUAAUAACUUGGUGGUACUUAGAAUGAUUUCUCUAGUCGUGGCUUCUGUUGCCAGUAAACAUCUCUCUCUUUCUCUCUACCCUCAUCUCUCAAUGAAGGCUGAAAAGUCACACCCCAUCCUACUGCGAUGAGACCCUGUUUGGGCCAAAGCCAGGAGUUUGGGAGCAGGCGACUCCCUGGAUGGUGAAGGGGGAAGUGGCUAAGCUCCGCCCUUUGCUUUUGACUCCGCCUUCUGCUGCGAGGGACCGGCCAGUCCUUUCCCCUCGUCCGAAGGACACGCCCCUGAGAGCCUUCCAUCGGGAGACACCGGACACCCAGGGCAAAGAGGCAUUUGGAACCUGGCGUGGAGGAGAGAGUUCUUCUUGGGGGCAUCCUGAGAACUGCUUAGAUGCAGACAGCCAGGACUUUCUGGGGCGGCCGCCCCCCCAACCUGUUAUCCGGCUGUAUAAAACUUCUGAGGGUUCCCAGGCCCACCUAAGCAAGCCAAGGACAAGUGUGGAGCAGGAUCACCAAUGCUCAGUGGCUUCCCCAGGGUCUCUGCCUAGACCACGUUCGAAUAAUUUGUCCGGGUCGUCGUCUGCCAGGGUCAUAAGAGCUACAACCUCAUGUAAGCCCAGGCCGCCCUGGAAAUAAAUAAAUAAAAAA